AUGAGGGUUCUGGCCGAGGUAUCUCAGGAGCAAUUAAGGGCUUUGCAAGGGAACGAUAUUCCUCCAGGAGAGUAUCACGGAUUAGACAAGUUCUUGAAAAGGGAUCCUCCCACGUUUCAAGGAGAGUAUGAUCCUGAGGGAGCGUAUCUCUGGAUCAUGAAGAUUGAGAAGAUCCUUAACUCGAUCACUUGCACUGAAAACCAGAAGGUAAUGUAUGCCAGUUACUUGCUAACUGAAGAAGCUGAAAAUUGGUGGACUCAUGCCAAGGAGAGACUACUUCAGACAAACCAAGCAAUCCACUGGGCAGUAUUCAAAGGAGCAUUGAUGGAAAAGUAUUUUCCAGAGGAUGUAAAGGGGAGGAAGGAGGUCGAAUUCCUUGAGUUGAAACAAGGAACCAUGUCUGUUGGCCAGUAUGCAACCAAGUUUGAGGAGUUGGUUCAAUUCCAUGCGUCUUACCGCGAUGCUGCAAAUGAGAACUCUAAAUGCAUCAAAUUUGAGAAUGGAUUAAGGCCUGAUAUAAAAGCUGCUAUUGGAUACCAACAGAUACGAAACUUCUACGCGCUUGUGGAUAAGUGCAGAAUUUAUGAAAGCGACGACAAAGCGAAGAAGGAGUAUCUCAGGAGUCUUGGCACACAGAAGAAUUUCAAAGGAGGGAUAGACAAAAAGAAUCACCUUCGAAGGGAUUGUCCGUCGUCUCAAGUGGUGUGCUUCAAAUGCAACCAACCAGGUCAUAUCAGCAUUGAAUGCUCAGGUAGAAGGGGAGAUCAUUCCAAUGGACGAGGAGGUACUGGGAAUCGGGGAAACAACAACAACAACAACAACAACAAUGGAAGAGAUCGUGCUGGAACACAACCUACUAGAGGACGAGUCUUCACUCUGAAUGGCAUUGAUGUGGAGGAAGCUGAAGAUCUGAUUCAAGGUACAUGUUUUAUGAAUGGCAUCCCUUUGAUUGUUUUGUAUGAUUCUGGCGCCACUCAUUCCUUUAUUGCUAUUGAUCUUGUGAGACGAUUGCGUUUGUCCACGCAAUCCUUAUCUCGUGAAUUCACGGUAGUUACCCCUACUGGGAUUACCGUGAAUACUUCCGUCGUUUGUGUGGAUUGUCCGCUUUUGAUCCAGGACAAGACUUUUGUAGUUAAUUUAGUUUGUUUGCCGCUGUCCCAUAUUGAUAUUAUUCUGGGAAUGGAUUGGCUUUUUGCUAAUCAUGUCCUUCUGGAUUGCCAUCAUAAAUUCGUAGUCUUCGGAUCAGAUCAAGUUCAAAAUGACACGAGACUUUUUCCUGCUAACCAGGUGAAGGCUUCGAUGAAACGAGGAGAACAAGUCUACAUGUUGCUUUGUUCUUUGGAAGGAGAAGGUGGGAAUAAGCUACAAAGCAUACCCGUAGUUGAAGAUUUUCCCGAAGUAUUUCCCGAAGAUAUUCCUGGACUACCUCCAGAAAGAGAAGUAGAAUUUACCAUCGAUCUCGUUCCUGGAACGUGA